CGCGGCGUGAUCACCUUGACGCCCUGACACGCAUACCCGGUGCGCUUGUGGUUAUCGUGGAAUGCCACCCUAGUGAUAAGGAAGAGUGGCGCCGGAGGCUGGAGAAGCGUGGGGCGGCAGUUGCCAACUGUGGUGGCGCUGGCGGUGAUGGAUGGCAUAAGCCCAAGACAUGGGCGGAGCUGGAAAGGCUUGUGGAAGGGUACCAAGGUUGCACGGAUUAUGAAAUUGGGGAUGUGCCGAGGAUUGUCGUCGAUACAACUGAUCCGACAGUUGACGCGGAGGCGAUUGCUGCAAAGUAGUCUGUUUUGGUGUCAAGAUCUAUAGGAGAGGCAUUUCUCCUGGAAAUAGAGGCCUGAGUUCUUGGGGCUAGAUGGCAUCUACUGGUCUAAAACCAGGGGUGCCUGUUACUCUGCGGGAACUAGAACCAUCCUCAGAGAUGUUCAAGCCAGGAGCAUCUCUUCGAGUCACAGGAAUUCUUCAGUCGUAUGAUGUGGACUCUGCAACUGCUGUCAUUCAAGAUGGCAGUGUGAGCUUGAAGGUUGACACCCAAAAUCUGAGGGACAUCAGUUUCCGCACGAAUUCGGCAUACCAGUUCAUUGGCGAACUGCUGAUCCAAGCAGAUAAUGAGGCGAUUCUACAAGCGCGCAUAGGAAGGAUCGUUGAUGGCCUCGACCUGAACCUUUACCAGCAGUCUCUGCUCAUCCGACGGCAGCACGAAGCCAAGCUACGCAACUCCAGAAGAGCAUGAUCUAUUGCUGUGGAACCAGGCACAUGUUCAUCGCAGUUAAAUGCCUUCGUUUGGCCAAUAUGGACCUGCAUUUGUACAUGAGAACAGAACCUAACCAUCUAGAGAAUUUGAUGAUAACAGUCGAUUAACUCAGAGGCUCUGCAUAUUAUUUCAGGAACCUCACAUAUCUGUUUCUGGCUGUUUGUGGUUUGGCUUUUCCCUUGUUGCCUAAAUGGGCUGCCAUGGCAUGUGUGCAGAUCUGAUUGCCAUGAUUUUUAUUGGAGCGUGGACAAUUUCAAUA